GCACUGAAAUAAACAACAACAUACGAGCAUAUUAAAUGAGACAAAGAAAACAGAUACAAAACACGAAUAAAACAGCGAAAACAAACCAAGAAACAUGAAAAAAAGGAAAACAUGGGACCCGAUAAAGAGGCUGACCUUAACACCAACAGAACUGAAAGAAACAAUAAUAAGAACAAUUUUCGAACAAACAUAACACAAAUCAGACACAAAACACGAAUAAAACAGCGAAAACAAACCAAGAAACAUGAAAAAAAAAGGACAGAACGGAAAAGUAAACCCGUUAAAGAGGCUGAAUUUUCCUUGCCUCUGACAGUUCCAAGGAGACAGAGAGAGGGACGGCACGCCUUAUUUCUCCUCUACAUCAACUCGGGAGGGAGGCGGUAGCGGAUGCGGUGAUAGCCGAGGUGGGUGAGCCAGGAUGCCGUCGUCGCAGCUCUUCGCCGUCAACAACCUUGGGCGGGUGUUUGGCCUCUCAACGGAUGAGGCGUUCUGGCGGGAGCUGGACUACCUGGGGAUCGAGUUCAAACGCCUGGCAGCACACGAGUCUGUUCUGUGGGCGCUUGGAGGUGACCACCAGGUGUAUGUGUUUGUGUACGGGUCCUCAGUGCCCAUCAGGGUCUGCGAGGAGAGCUACGAGAACCAGCGAUGGAACCCUAUAGAAGGCUUCACUGGGGCGCUGCUUCCGUCAGACCGCCCAAACUUCUCCAGCGCCGACGGCCUGUCAAAGCGCACCCUGAGCAGCAUCACCUUGCCCACCCUGGCCUGGUCCUGGGAGUCCCCUUGGCACCUGCACCACAUACAUGAGGGGCAGGCACUGGACAAGGAGGGUUGGACCUAUUCCAUCGACUUCCCACGGACCUUCACAGCGGACAAACGGUGGAACUCCUGCGUGCGCCGGCGGAAAUGGGUGCGCUACCGUCGCUAUGUUGCGCUGGACACGUGGUCGGCCGUCCCGCCCAUCUACCAGGACGCCACGCAGGAGCCCUUCAUCGACAUCAGCGUGGGGGGCGGGGAGGUGCCGGGGGAGGACCCUGAUCGCCUUAUGGUAUGGGCUGUCACUGCGCUCGGACGGGUGAUGGUGCGGGAGGCGGUGGAUGGCACAUGUCCGGAAGGGUGUCACUGGUCGCAUGUCCCUACGCCCACGGAUAAGGAUGUGACGUCGGUGUCUGUAGGGCGGUCGGGGCGUGUGUGGGCCGUAACGUGGGAUGGGAAGGUCAUCGUGCGGACGGGCAUCAACAGGGAGUGUCCAAAGGGGAAAGACUGGGUGGUGGUGGAGGCUCCUGAGGGCGGGCGGCUACAGCAGGUGGCAGUGGGCGUGGAGUCGGCGUGGGCGGUGGCGCGCGAUCAUCAGGUGUGGUUUAGACGAGGACUGGAGAGGUCCGACAACCCCCACGCUGACACCAUCAUCGGCACCUCCUGGCUCCAGAUGGUGGGCAGCCUCAACAGUGUCUCCAUAGGGCCCAAUGACCAGGUCUGGGGCAUCAGCAGCGAGGACACCCUAGUAAUGGUACGAACAGGCGUCACCCCGUCCGAGCUCACUGGGCGAACCUGGAAGCCUGUGAGCCUGCCCAUCAGUACUCGCGAGACCCCAUCCCCGAGCGGCGACCGGAGCUCCAGUGUGAGUCCCCAGUCAAGCCUCUCUUUGGGCAAGGCGUCGAGUGCCCCAGACAACACCAAUACCCCGGACAGUGUUGAGAAGGCCCUGGGUGACCUGUCGCUGAAGAAGGAGGAGGAGGAGGAGGUGGGACAGCAGAAGGGAGAGGGAGGAGACAUAGAGGAGGAGCAGAAGUCACCAAGUGCAUCCAUAAACGCUGCCUCCAGUCCAGAGUCCCCUAACAUCAAGAUCAAGUACCCAGAGGAGUGUAGUUCCCUUGAGUCCUCAGGCACGUCAGACCACACAGGGGAGUAUGUUGCCAGCCUCCUAGCCAGCCAGAGUACCCCAACAGACACUGGCAUCUUUCCCCCAGUGACGCAGACUAAAGAGCCAGCCAAGGAGGAGUCGGUCGUGGAUGAACAAAAGCCUGCGCUGCGCCAAUUCCCCGUCGGCAGUGAGUGGAGUGAGUCUCGGUUACGCCACGACAGCAGUGCGAGCUCCCAGGGGUCGCUUGGGCCACCGCGGGAGGAGGGUCCAGUCUUCAAUCUCCUUCCAGUGGAUGACGACCGUCUGUGGCUGUGGGUGACCGGCGGAGGCUGCUGGAUCAAGGCUAACAACAUGCCCAAGUGGUUUGUGAGUGAGAUGUCCUUGGCGCACUCCAGCGAGCCUUGGCGGGUCAGCGUUCUACAUCGGCUGCACGAACGCCACGAGAGGGAGAUUGUGCCCUUCAGCGGCUUUGAGGAGGCGGUGGAGGGGUCAUCAUGGGCCAUCUCAGGGCAGUGCCGGUGGUGGGCAGGCAAGCAGUGGGUGCCGGCACGUGUGGAGUUGGUCAUGGUGGGGUCGCGGAGGUCCCAGGUCAAGGACGCGACACUGUUGAUUCACUACUCCCUGUCCUCGCCGGUGCUGGAUGAGAUCUCGUGUGGUUCCAUCCUGCUGGCGGCCAUGUGCGUGGAGGGGUCGGUGGGCCGGUCGAAGGGGCGGUCGCUGGUGGCCGUCUACCACCCCAACCACCCCCUGCGGCCCAAGACUCUCUCCUUCUCCUCGGAAACGGAGGCCGAGGAAUGGCUCAACCACAUCUCCUCAGCCUGUAAGACACUCCGAGGUCUCAAGAAGAGGCCGUCCCAGUAUGCCGUGUGGGGCGUUACAGCGCAGGGCGGCGUUUACGUGUGCGACAAGUAUCAGACGGAGGAGGAGAUGCGUCUGCAGGCCCGAGUAUCCCACAAAAUGUUGCCUGUGGAUGAGGGCGCCAGUUCUACCGUCCUGCUGCUUGACCGAGGCUUCCGACCCGGCUGCUUCGUCUCGGUGCUGGUGGAGGUACACGAGGGAGCGGAUCGGUUCCACGUCAACCUCCAGGCCGGGCGAGGCGUAGACGCCAACAUUGCCAUUCACAUCAAUCCCAGAUUCUCCAAAAAUGAGGUGAUUCUCAACAGCCGCAAGAAGGGUGUGUGGGGGACGGAGGUGAAGCAGGGGAUGAUGACCUUGGAGCGGGGGACUCUGUGUGAGGUGGCCAUCGUGUGUGAUGAUGACGACUUCAAGCUGUCCGUCGAUGAGCAGUAUUGGUGCAGCUUCAAACAUCGCAUGCCGCCUUCCUGCAUCACCCACGUGGCGGUGCGCGGCGACAUCACCAUCAACAACAUCACUUACAACCAUGGCGCUGACACAAGGCAGCUCAUAGACUGGUACUGGCGCAGCGUUGGGGGUCACUUCAAGAGGGUGGAGGGUGGGGCAUACGGCGUGACGUGGGCCAUCUCCCACGACUGCCACGUCUACUACUACACCGGGGCCGAGGAGGACGGGUUAUGCAGAGGCAGCAGCAGCAGCGAGUCCGGCGACCACCUCCUGAGCGACGUGCGGCACAUGUACGUGUGGGAGAACCAGCGCUGGAACCCCGUCACCGGCUUCACCCACCGCGGGCUGCCUACCGACCGCCACACUUGGAGCGACCAGACCGGCAGGCACCACCGCCCCAAGGAGAGCAUCCGCCUCCCCUCGCGACACUGGUCUUGGACUAGCGAGUGGUGCGUUGACUACCACACACCAGGGGGAGUGGACCGGGAGGGGUGGCAGUAUGCGACAGACUUCCCACUGACGUACCACAGCCACCGCUAUGUGACGGACCUGGUGAGGCGGCGGCGCUGGUUCAGGAAGUGCCGCAUAUCCACCUCGGGUCCAUGGCGGCAGAUGGAGAAGGUGGCGCUCAUCGACGUCUCGGUCUCGCCGAUGUGUGCGAGCGACAAGACGGUGCCAGUGUGGGGGGUGAGCGUGACGGGGGAGGUGGUGGUGAGGCUUGGGGUGACAGCCGAGUGUCACCAGGGGGAGUCAUGGACCUUAGUUCCGGCCGAGUGCCCCAUGAUGAGCGUGUGUGCUGGCGUGUCUCCCUCGAGUGUCUGGGCCGUCAGCAAGGAUGGCCGGGCGCACCUCAGGCUGGGGGUGACGCCGGGUAUUCCUCAGGGCACACAAUGGGUUAACGUGGACUCACCCGGUCAGCCCCUGGUGGAGGUGGCAUCAGGCGCUGGGGCAGUGUGGGGACUCGACAGGGCUGGGAACCUUCACCGGCGAACCAACGUCCUCCCAGUCUUCCCCGAGGGCACGGACUGGGAACUCGUGUCAGGGGGCGUCUUGAGCUUCAGCGUGGAUACCAUCGGGUCGCUCUGGGCUGUCCUGGAGUCCUAUGCGUCGGAUAAUGGAACGGUACAAGGUGUGAUGGUGCGUAGGGAGGGCAUAUCAGAGUACUUCCCGGUUGGCACAGGCUGGAGUCACACUGUCGGUACCGGGUGGAGUUCCGUGUGCGCCCGUAUGUCCGUGUCAGGAAGUCCCGCCACUCAUGAUCGUGUGGAACCUAACUAGUGGAUAUCCUUCUGUUCGUGGUGUUGGCAUCGCGGCGAAGAUGAUUCAUGGCAGCUACUGUACGUUCUCUUUUGUGGGGGCUUUGUGAAGUGAUGUCUGUCUUACUUUCUAUGUGAUCUUGUUGCCUGGUUGUCCCUCAGAGCAGGUAGAGAGAGAUUAUUGUUGUAUCUGGUUUUAUAAGUUGACGCAUAUCUUGUAGUGUGAAGCUGCAAGACUGAACAAUGGAAACUGGAUAAUUUGUGAAGCUGGAAGAUUAAUUUGUGAAGCUGGAGGACUAAUAUGUGAAGCUGGAGGACUUAUUUGUGAAGCUGAAAGACUAAACAACAGAAGAGAGAUUAUUUGUGAAGCUGAAGGACUAAUAUGUGAAGCUGAAGGACUUAUUUGUGAAGCUGAAAGACUAAACAACAGAAGAGAGAUUAUUUGUGAAGCUGAAGGACUAAUAUGUGAAGCUGAAGGACU